GUGGCUUCUGGAGGUGAUGGGGUCUGCAGGAGUGAGGCCAGCCCCGGGAGGGGUGGGGCCAGCACGCUCCUCCCCCUGCAGGGAGCACCGGCCUUUCUCUGUCGGGGCUGUGGCUCUGGGACCACUUCCUCCUUCUUCACUCCGAUGCCAGGAGCAGGCCCGCUGCGCCCUCGGAAAGAACGCAGCAGGUUCCUGAUGUCUGAGCCCGCCUGAGAGCCCGGCGGGGGUGGCUGAGUGUGCUGACUGGAGGCCUCUCUCCCUGCCUCGGGGGACCCUGGGCGCCUGUAUGAUGGAGGGGGCGAGUGAGGAGAAGCUGGCAUCUGUGUCCAAUCUGGUGACUGUAUUUGAGAACAGCAGGACGCCAGGAGCAGCGCCCGGGGCCCACAGGCUGGCCGCGGCACACCAGCUCCCUGGGUGCAGGUCGCCCCCCGCUGCAGAACCGUGGGAGAAACCCAGCGUGGACGAGGCACUGGGGUCCGGUCCCAGGACGGUCAGCAGGAGGUACCUGAGCUCCCUGAAGAACAAGCUGUCCAGUGGGACCUGGAGGAAAUCUUGCCAGCCCACGACCUGCCCUGAGCCAGGAACACAGGAGCCCGAGGAGAAGAGGAUCGUCCGGGAGCUGCUGCAGACGGAGCAGGCCUACGUGGCACGCCUCCACCUGCUAGACCAGGUGUUCUUCCAGGAGCUGCUGGAGGAGGCCCGCAGCAGCAAAGCCUUCCCCGAGGAUGUGGUCAGGCUCAUCUUCUCCAACAUCUCCUCCAUCUACCAGUUCCACGCACAGUUCUUCCUCCCAGAGCUGCAGCGGCGGCUGGACGACUGGACAGCCACCCCCCGCAUCGGUGAUGUGAUCCAGAAACUGGCCCCCUUCCUGAAGAUGUACAGUGAGUAUGUCAAGAACUUCGAGCGAGCUGCUGAGCUGCUGGCCACCUGGACUGAGAAGUCUCCCCCCUUCCAGGAGGUUCUCACUCGAAUUCAGAGCAGCGAGGCCUCGGGCAGCCUGACCCUGCAGCACCACAUGCUGGAGCCCGUGCAGAGAAUCCCACGCUAUGAGCUGCUGCUCAAGGAAUACGUCCAGAAGCUGCCAGCCCAGGCCCCAGACCGGGCUGAUGCCCAGAAAGCCCUUGACUUGAUCUUCUCAGCCGCACAACACUCCAACGCAGCCAUCACGGAGAUGGAGCGGCUGCAGGAACUGUGGGAAGUGUACCAGCGCCUGGGCCUUGAAGACGACAUAGUGGACCCCUCCAACACCCUGCUCCGCGAGGGCCCGGUCCUCAAGAUCUCCUUCCGCCGCAAAGACCCGGUGGAGCGCUACCUGUUCUUGUUCAACAACAUGCUGCUCUACUGUGUGCCCAGGGUCAUCCAGGUGGGCGCCCACUUCCAGGUGAGGACCCGCAUCGACGUGGCGGGGAUGAAGGUGCGGGAGCUGACUGACGCCGAGUUCCCACACGCCUUCCUGGUGUCCGGGAAGCAGCGCACCCUGGAGCUGCAAGCCCGGUCCCAGGAGGAAAUGAUUUCCUGGAUGCAGGCCUGCCAAGCCGCCAUCGACCUCAUUGAGAAGCGGAAUGAAACCUUCAAGGCUGCAGUCCAGGGCUCUGAGGGAGCCGCCCAGGAGCAGGAGCUGCAGUCGGAGGAGCUGGGCCUGCGGGCGCCACAGUGGGUCCGGGACAAGAUGGUGACCAUGUGCAUGCGCUGCCGGGAGCCCUUCAACGCCCUGACGCGGCGCCGCCACCACUGCAGGGCCUGCGGCUACGUGGUGUGUGCCAGGUGCUCCGACUACCGAGCUGAACUCAAAUUUGACGACAACAGGCCCAACCGAGUCUGCUUCGACUGCUACACAUUCCUCACCGGAAAUGUGCUCCCUGAGGACAAGGAGGACAAGAGGCGGGGCAUCCUGGAGAAGGGGUCCGCGGCGGGGUCCGAGCAGAGCCUCGAGUGCAGCUUCCUGCAGCUCAUCGGGGACAAGUGGGGCAAGAGCAGCAGCCGGGGCUGGUGUGUGAUCCCCCGGGACGACCCCCUCGUGCUCUAUGUCUACGCUGCCCCUCAGGACGUGCGGGCUCACACCUCCAUCCCCCUGCUGGGCUACCAGGUGACCCCGGGGCCCCCGGGGGACCCCCGGGUGUUCCAGCUUCAACAGUCAGGCCAGCUGUACACCUUCAAGGCCGAAACUGAGGAGCUGAGGGAGCGCUGGGUGAAGGCCAUGGAGCGGGCGGCCAGCGGCUGGAGCCCCGGGGAACCCGAGGACGGGGACCUGUCGGACUGAGCCCCGCAGGCGCGCUCCCCUCAGAGCCUGGCUCUGCCACAGCUGUCCCGGGGCCUCUGGCCACCACCCCACACUGAGCUUGACACAGUCGAUUCUAGCUUUCUACGCCCAGACUGUGUCCUCAUUCAGUGACCGAGUGCCCCAGUGUGCCCAGGGGUGAGGGGUUCCUGGGACUGGGACUUUCAGUGGUAAAACCGGGAAAGUCCUAGGUCCCCCAGGACUGUUGAUCACCAGUGUGGUUCUCACCCUGGGCUGCACAUCAGGAUCACCUGGGAUCUUUAAAAUAUA